GCCUCCCACUCCUUCGUGUAGCACGGCGCUGAUUGACAGUUAGCGAACGACUGCGGACGGCGCAGGAUCUAAAACCGCGCUAGGCGCUGCUCUCCACGCUCGCUCGCUCGUUCUGCUCUUCUCUUACCCGUGGAUCUACCCGGUGCUUUUUCGUGGGGGAAGAACUCGAAACACGCAUAUUCCCGUGGCUGCCUUUGCCUGCCGGCCCGCGCGCAACAUAUACACCAACCUUCCACCUUCUGUCCGCCGGAGUUACGAGUGGCACACGCAGUAGUAGUUACGGUAAGGGAGGUGGGUCGGACGCCGUCUCGCGGACAGCUCUCUCGCGCGUCACCUCUUCUCUCACUCCUCUGCGUGACCGGUUCGUUCGUUCAGUAAUCGCCGCGAGGAGGAACGCGCUUCUUCUUCCGCCGCGAACUCUCCGUCGACGACGUGUAUUCCGCACCGUUUCUCCACCUUGUCGCGUGGAGAAUAUUGCCGCUGGUACGAACCGCGAAUCGCUCGGUGUGUCUAUUCGUUUAUCAUCGUAAAACAACGGGCAACCACAGAUAUGUAAUUUUGCGCGCGGUAACGCAAUAUUCGCAAACAAAGAGAGAGAGAUACAUCGUUGCAACGCCGAUACCGCCGCACCACCGACGCUCGACCUUUCGUUCGUGUCGCGCGAAUACGCGACGACGAACGAACUCGACUACCACGAAUCAUCCUAUUUAACCACAGUGGACUGUUGUUUGUCGCGCUUGUGCGACCUAUGCACGGGAACCUUUCUGCUUGACCAACUCAACGACAGCCCGUCGUCAUCGUCCGAUAGAAUUAUCGCGAAAGUAAUAUUAUCCGCAUAUCGGGCAGAUAUCUUGGUUUCUUUGUUUCGUGCACAAGUUUUGAAGCAACAGUGUGACGCGCGCGCGAUCGACGGCCACGCGAGUUAAGCCGUCCGCCCGUGUGCUCCGCUCGAUUUCCCUGUCUCCUUUCGUUGGAACGAAACCCCAACGACAGCCUUGAUUUCGCGCCAAUACUCCAACGACUACAUCGUAACGAAGGAUGUAAACGUGUUCCGGCAGUGACGUAUGUAAAUCUCUCCGGUGUUUAUCCGUGCCGUUUUAUCUGUGAAAACAACAAUAAUAAUCAGUGCAGCCGAGAAUUGCUCUCCGACGGUCGACGUGAUAAACCGUGUGUCGAUUCUGAGCAGACAGCAGCGACGCAGCAGCAACAGCGAUAAUAUCCGUGACAACUAGAGAUCGAGUGAUACGUCGUGGUGAUACAAAUCAGUUUUCGGUAGAAACGUGAUCGUGAAUCUUGUCCGUCGGGAAACAGAAAUAAUCUGUUGUUUCGUGUCGUAUAUCGGUGAAGUUCGAUUUAUCCGUCUUUGAUAUUAACGACCAAGAGAAACUUAUUUCAAACUAUCGUCGAAUAUCCGCAAGCUUAACAUAAAUAAUAGCGUCGAACAGAGAACCUAUGAAAGACCACGUGUUGGAAAAAGCGAACAACUCGAGCGUAUAAUGUGGCGAAACUGACGCUACGGAGAGACACGCUCCGUGGGUGCUUGUUUUGGUCUGUGAAUAUCAACGGAACAUCCGGCGGUGUGACCGCGACGAUGAGGAAGCACGUGUGUCCGGCCGUAGCCGUAGUCCUGCUGCAGCGUUCAAUCGCGCGUGCUGAGCUCUGCUGACGCUCGCCCCGAUUUCUCGUCGUCACACAGAGUAUCUCGUGUCGCCGGUUGACUCGGAUCCGGGGAUCGUCGAGGACCGACGGAGCCAACAGCACGCGUUAAUAGUGGUUAAAGUGCAGAAGAACAGUCUCCAAGUGCUGUGGGCCCGUUUUAUUGCGAACCGUCGGCCGUGCUCCAUCGUUAGACAAUACUGUGAUUCACCAUCGUGACAUAACAAAGCUGAGAAAUAGAAAUUUGGAAGCCGAUAGCGAAUUACUCGAGAACGGACGUUUGCCCUGGCGACGCUGUAGCGUCGUUCUCUCUUGGUUGUUCUGUUCAUUCGACGAAGGCAAUAAUCCGCGAGUCCUCUGAGUGUGACGAACGGGAAACGGGCAAACCGAUCGCCCCGAUAAGGCGAAUCGAAAAGUGGGGAAACCAGUGUGUGUGAAGUGUUCGAGGUUACUUGCUUAUACUGUGGGAAAAUACAGCCGCUACGGUGGCUCAGCACGCAGAGUUCCCCGGCGCGGCCAGGGCGUUCAUGGCGCAGCCAAGGUAUGACGACGGCGGGCUGCACGGGAGUUACCUCGAGGGCGGAGGUGGCGGAGGUGGCGCAGGGCUGUACGAUCCGCACGGGAGCGCCCGAGGCGUACCAGGUCUCCAUCACAGUCCACACCUCGGAAGUAUGGGACCUGCACAUCCCCAGUAUCCACCGCCCCCGCCACAACCACCCCAACACGUUCUCGCGGCGGCAGCCGCGGCUGCAGCAUCUGCGGUACCCGAUGUCCACAAACGCGACAAGGACGCGAUUUAUGGACAUCCCUUGUUCCCGCUUCUUGCGUUGAUUUUCGAGAAGUGCGAGCUGGCGACGUGUACACCGCGUGAACCCGGCGUUGCGGGUGGUGACGUAUGCUCGUCAGAAAGCUUCAACGAGGACAUCGCUGUCUUCUCUAAACAGAUCAGACAAGAGAAACCCUACUACAUUGCGGAUCCGGAGGUCGAUUCGCUGAUGGUACAGGCGAUCCAGGUCCUCCGGUUUCACCUCCUCGAGCUCGAAAAGGUCCAUGAACUAUGCGACAAUUUCUGCCACCGGUACAUCAGCUGCUUAAAAGGAAAGAUGCCGAUCGACCUAGUGAUCGACGACAGGGAGAGCUCGAAACCACCGGAGAUCGGGAACGGUCUGGACGGUGGCGGACCAAGGAGCACCGCUGACAGCACCAGCCACACAGACGGAGCCAGUACGCCGGACGUCAGGCCACCCUCCUCGUCACUCUCGUACCCUGGUGCGGGUGGUAAUGACGACGCACGCAGCCCCGGAAGCGGGGGCACACCCGGACCUCUCAGUCAACAAGCGCCCGCAAGUUUGGACUCCUCGGAUCCCGACGUCACGGGUAAAUGGUGUCCGCGUAGGGAAUGGAGUUCGCCGCCGGACGCGCAGCGAGCGGCGAGCGACGCGCGUCGUGGCGUUCUUUACUCUUCCGUCUUCCUCGGUAGCCCCGGUGACGCGAGUAACGCGAGUAUCGGCAGCGGCGAGGGCACCGGUGAGGAAGACGACGAUUCGUCGGGUAAGAAGAACCAGAAGAAGAGGGGCAUCUUCCCCAAAGUCGCGACCAAUAUCCUCAGGGCGUGGCUGUUUCAACACCUCACGCAUCCGUACCCUUCGGAAGACCAGAAGAAGCAAUUGGCUCAGGACACGGGGUUGACGAUUCUCCAAGUUAACAACUGCUUUUCUACGAUUCCGUCCUGUAACUUGGUGGACAGCACGAUGACGUUACUGUUUAUUCGUGGCAUUAAUAGGGUGGCGAUGAAAACAGGGGUUGCAUAUGUUGCACGAUGUUUCCACACGGGGUUCAUCAAUGCGAGGCGUAGAAUCGUCCAGCCCAUGAUCGACCAGAGCAAUCGAGCCGUGUUUCCGCCAUUGUCCGCAGGUCCGAGCGGGGCGUACAGUCCGGACGCGACGAUGGGUUACAUGAUGGACGGACAGGCGGCGAGCAUGAUGCACCGGCCGCCCGGUGAUCCCACCUUCCACAAUCAGUACCAUUACCCGCCAGAGUACUAUGGACAUCACUUAUAAAGCAGUAGUCGCAAAUGAAGGUAGGCGAUGGAAUGACGGUUCUUGCGGAACGGGAAACGUAGCAGCGUGACGGAAGCGCAGCGUGCUCCGGUUGGCGUUUAGAGCAAGGUGCACGGGGGCAACGAGGAGCGAUUCGUCGCCUCCGGGGCGUGAUCGACGCGGAAGCGGAGAGAUAUUUCUCGGCAGCGUCGCACGUCGAGGCUCGUGAUGCCGGCUGUUUGAGCCAGGAGCACACGAUGCGGACGGUGGAAGCGGAAAAACAGCCGUCGGUCCGGUUGUGGCUCGGAAAUCGAGUAUCGAGGCGGGGCAAAAGAAACUUGUGAAGAACAAGAGAAAGAAAGAGAGUCAAAGGACGGCGGGUCUAUUCGCCAAAGCAGAGAAAGGCUCCGUUGGUGGAGAAGGGCCGACACGGGACAUGUGGAACGCGUGGAACCGGAAGCAAGAUGGCUGGAGAGAAAGAGAAAAGAAAACAAAUGGCGAGAGACACGCGGCUUGAAGGAACGAGAGUACGAGGAGCCGCGUAAUACGACGGAAAUUCAUGUGAUUGUUCUGUGUACAAAUGUCGCGGUGUAAUAUUGUAGUGAUCGAAGAAUUUAAAUGUUAAAUUUUAAUACGGUCGCGAUCGAGCUAUUAUUAAUUAACGAUUAUAUAGAGAGGACAUUGGGGGCUACGAACGAGGUAUCCUCGAACAGAGUGAUAUAGGCAAUUUCUAGCGGGCAUGUGUACAUUAAGAAUGAGUGGUAAGAAAAGCGGGAUAAAUAAAAAGGUAGAAAAAUACAAGUAACGAAGGUGGCAGAGGGGGUUGGAGAAUUAAGGCAAACCCGGUAAUCGCGAACUCAGAUCCGAGUUAAUUAAUAGAUAGAUAUCCACGUGCGGAGAGAGGCGACGAAACGGAAAAUUCGGAAGUUCUGGAGGCACGAAACUACGGAGAGUGGAACUCAAUAUGAUCGAACGAUAUAUAUGUAUAUAUAUAUACACACAAACGCGCACGCGCAAAUGCGCAUCCAUGUGUAUAGAUAUAUAUGGGUGUAUAAAUAAAUAAAUAUAAAUAUAUAUAGGAAAAAGAAUUUUAGAUACGUGGUGGGUGGCGUUUCGGAAGCCUACUAGGAAAUGAAAUGAGAGGAAGAUAAGUGCGGGCGAAAUUGAGAAAUAGUCGGUUCAAACGUUUAACAAACGUUUAAUAAACGCAUGCACGCGCGAUCAAAACGUAAAUGCCAAUCCGACAAUGAAAAAGGGUGCGAGGGUAAAGAAUAUAGGCAACGUGAGGAACUGAAUGGAACAAAUUUAAGAAUAGAGAAACAUAAACGAACGAAACAAGAGGACGCAGUAAAACAAAAGAGAAACUUUUAGGACAGAAGAAUGAAAUUGACGCGUUUGCCGGACUCGAGCGUCGAUCACAUUCACUUGCAUAUAUAUAUAGGUGACAUUGAAAUUUGUACAGUUAUUAAUUAUAAAUGAAUUUACUAAUUAAAGGAAGGAGUUAUCAUAUAAUAUAAAUAUAUACAUAACAGACACACACACUGAAGUAACAUGUGCGCCCGCCCCUCCCCCGAUUGUAAUAUAUAUAUACAAGCAAGCGUUUUAAUUGGACUUUGGGACGAUAAUUAUUCUCGUGUGUGUUGUGCCGUGUUCGAUGUGCGUACCGGAUCGAGGAGAUGCGUCGAAAGAAUACAAAAAGGAAAGAAGCGGGAAACAAGAAGAAUAGGUAAAAAAAGCAAAGAAACGGGUGGCAAAAGUGGAUAAAGUACACCGAAUCAGACCUGACGAUGGUGCGCGAAAAUGUGUGAACGCGAGAAAGGAGAACGCAAGCGACAGUUGGCGAGCGAUAUAUUUAUAUAUAUGGAAAAGGGUAUAUAUAUAAAUAUAAAUAAAUAUAUAUAUAUGUAUAUACAUAUAUAUGUAUAUAUAUAUAUACAUAUAUACACAAAAAUAUAGAUACCUGCGAAAAGAUCAGACGGUUCUUCAUCAUUCUACAACUCGAUGACACAGUUAGAUCUCUCCUCCCCGACAUGUCUGACUCCACACGUAUAGAAAACGAUACACACGCAUAAAAACACACAUACACACACAUAUAUAUAACAUAUACAGCGAUACAGAGGAAAACACGUAGCACAGGCGCGCGUAAAAUGAGCGUUAUUACCCAAGCCCCGUCUCCCCGCAUCGUAAGGAUAAUUACGAAAGGAAAGGAAAUCGCGAGAAUCUAAAAACAGGCGAACCACAUAUGAUCUACAAGUUUAAUUAAUAUAAUAUAUUGUGUAUAUAUAUAAAUAGUUAAUUGAACUGCGGCGAGUGUGGGAAGGGAGGAGAGCAAAGGAAAACCCAAGAUUGGCAAGGCUUGACGAGAGAUGUUCGCGACCGCAGAAUUCUCUCGCUCUCGUCUUUCCGCUCCUUUCUUUUCCUGCUGUUUUCUUUUUCUCUAGCCGCACCGCGGGGAGGUGAAAGGGCUCGGUAAUAAACGGAGAAUCUGUGGACCAGUGAGAUCCUCGGCGAAUAGUGGAAGUUGAAUCGGGAAACAUGUGCGACAACGAGGAGUAUCGUAUUGAAACACAUUGGUUGGUUUCUUUCGUUCUCGUCUUCUCUUGGUUUGUAAUCCUUCCUUUCUCCAAUUAUUCACUUUUUGGAUACAUACAUAUAUAUGGAGUAAAUAUCAAGAACUUAAAGAAGAUACUAUUUAUUUCAUUCAAUACUAUUAAAGAUAGUUAUCGAGACGAAUGUCAUGCCCUUUUUUAUUCACCUAUGUCUCAAAACAGAAAGAAUUGGCCCUAUAAGACGUAAUCCUUUUAGUUGGCUUUCAAAGAGGAGAAAACCCGCCCAUCGAUUUAAUCUCUGUAUUAGUGGAUAGAUUUCUGGGAAGACUUCCUGCGAUAUCGCAGUAAAAUACUCGUGCCUCGGGCAAAGAGAAACAUCGAAAGAAGUUUCGAGUAUUUCUAACGAUCCAAAAUUGGCUGCAGCUUCAUCAAAAUUUUUUCCAUUUCCAGGAAUAAGUUUGAAAACGAGAUCAAAUUUCGUUCAAAGCAUCGACGAUCUUUCUACGAAACUGUUGAUCGGUAUUCAGGAUCUGUUGAAUAUCUAUUGGAUUCUCGAAAUGAAUGCAGUUCGUGACUGUAAUCGCUGUGUAUAUUGGAUGGAACUAGCCUUGGAACUGUUUUGAAACAGAUCGUCGAAUAAAAUCGCAACUAUAUGAUGGGCCAUUUCGAUCUCGACAUUUUUCUCGACACUUUUCUCGUCCUUCCGUACCGUUUUCCUUUUAGAAAUUACUUAUCCCGUCGUUUAUUCAAUUUUUUAACAAACUAAUUGACGCAAUUACGAUGCUGAAAAUUUCUUUAGUGAACAAUUUUUAGUUUGUUAUGAAUAACUUUUUAAACAUUGAUUCAACGUUUAAUUUUAUCCGGUAAACACGAAACGCAGAAAAUAAUCGAAGAAAGAGGGAAAGAAAGAAGCAACACACGCAAAGAGUAUACACAAGCGAAGCGAAUUUUUGUGAUGUAAGGAUAAAGGAUAGAGAACAUGAAUUAGAGAGAAAGAGUUAAAAAUUUAAUUAAAUUAAACGUCGAUUAUAAAUCAACACGUGGAAGGGUGAAUAGCGUGAAGUUCCAAAUAGUUCGUCCUAGGUAUCUUUUGAUAAUCGAGUGAAUUGCUCGAUUAGCGACAGAUAACAGGAGAAACGAAACGAAGGUAAGGAGAAGGGAGACUGUGAGAGAGGCUUGGGAGAAAGAAGAUGUGAACGAACGAAAGAAACACAGAGCAUACGAGACAAAUUUUAUCGAUAUUUUCAAUACGCCCGCAUACAUGCAAUUCUUGUAUAAAAAUUUUAAUGUAAACACACUGCUCUUGCCGCGAGUCGUGACGUUUACGAGAAAAUCGAUGCUGCCGUUUCUCGUUACCCCUGUUCGAUCUCAAAAUACGAUCUUUCAAAUUGUAUUCGCGAGAAAAAUCAAUCUUCUACGGAGCGAUAACGCGAAACGACGCUCGAUUUUUUUCUAGCCACGAUCGAGCGGCGUAUUAGUAUACUGAAAGAAAAAAAAAUGAUAACCUACGUAUACCGAAAGACUCAGGUGCGAGAGAAGUCAGUUAUAGGUCCUGGUUAAUUGGCGAAAUUCCCGACACUCGUCGAGAUCCAUCGCGACCGAUUUUCCGAUCGGUAAGCGCGAGCACGCGUGCGUAGCUCCUCUUCACGAAUGCGACAAUCGAUCGUGCGAUCCUUCAUCUGCGAAUUUUUUUCCAAAUUUCGACAAUUCCAAUCUGUCACUUGAAACAAAAACUAAAAAAGAAAUGUAUAAAAAACUGAAAAGAGAAAGGCGAAAACAUGAAAACGCGUUAGCACCACGUUUUCCCGGUUGAAAUUUCUCGACGACCUGGUUACCUGGAUACAUCGUAUACGAGAAAACGCGAAAAUAGUAGAAUCUCGCGCGUUCGAAAUUGUCCCACGGCUACGACGUGUUUUUUAACAUUUUGAUGUAAAUUCUCCCAAUAUUUUUAGUAAGAACUUUUUACGACACGGGAACCGAGACUUUAUACCAUUUUACUGAAUAAGCAGCGUUCCCGUAGACGUGGAAUGUUUUCGUUUUUAUCCAAAUUGGAUCUUGUCGAUGCUAGAGGGGACGAUCUCGCGACGUCCGGUGAACAAUCGUAUAAUACAUAAUCGAUUAUCAAAUACGAGACAAUCAUGGAGACGAACGCGGAUGAUGGUCGACGAAAUGAUGCGUGAUCGAGCACGAUCGCCUACGGAGCGAAGUGUUUUUACGAAUUCUAUUUGUUGAAGAAUAUAUUGUUUUAUUUUGUUAAUGAUCGCUCCGUCAGUCGUUCCCGAUUUCGCACCGAUUCGUCGUCGCGCAUACGAGAAAUUUCAAUGGGAAACUUUAACUAGAGCUUCAUCAAAAUCAUUUUACCAAAUAAAAUGAAACAAAAUUUCCAAACAGAUAAAAUUAUAAAACGAAAAUGUAAAUUAGCAACAUUGGGCCGUCGUUUCCGUCUGUGAUGAAUUUCUCGAGUAGAUUGAUACACGGUAAAUGUCCCGAUUUACUAGCGACUAGGGACUACGACAACGACGAUUAAAUUAUUUUUUCAUGAAGAAGAUCGAUGUCCGAUGAAAAUCCCGAUAGAACAGACGCCGGUGGAACGUUCGUCGGCGCAUUUCCGUAGCAGCCUGCGAAAGUGCAACGUCCAUGGUGGACUCGCGUACGAACACGACUCCGUCUUUUUACCCCGCUCGCUGACACACCACCCCCGAGGUCGGAGAACGCGAUCAAUAUUUUCGUGGAAAUGCCCGGCGACGCAUUACGCGGCAAAGAAAAGAGUAAAGAGGGGAAAAGGAAAGAGGAAUAAACAAAAAUAUAGAAAAUAAAAGUAGGAUCGCAUGAACGAUUAACGAAAAGAGCCUAUACAAGGGGUGCGAGAUGUAUAGGCAUGUAAAAAGGGAAAUGAAAAAACGAAAGAAAAGAAAACAUAAUGUUGUAGCGUUUAUGGAAGGAAUGUGAAGACGGCGGCGAACGGACGACGUUUAUUGGCUGUUCGUUUUCUAAAUGAGUUCACCCGAUUGAAUGAAUCAUCGCCUUAAAAAUGUAUACGAAGUAACAGUAAGGUAUCUAAGUAAUAAUCAUGUUAGAAGGUAAAGAAACUUAAAACAAAGAUUUUAUGAGCGACAAGAGCGGCUAUACGGCAACGAGAGAACGCGAGUGAGAAUGAGAGAGACAGAGUCUGAGAGAAAUCGAGUGGUAGCGAGACAACGGUGCGAUCGAAGAAAUAAAUGCUGUGUAUGAAAGGAACACGUGAAUGAACGAGCGAAUGAAAUGAAACGACUAGGAAGGAGUGAUGAACAAGGAAGAGAUGGCGCGAAAGUGUAAAAAAAAAGGAAAAGAAGAAAGAGUAAUGUAUAAUUAUCGUGUAAUUACGGAAGAACGACGAUAUUAGUAACCACGUUGCCGGCGUUGGCGGCGAUGAUCAUAAUGACGACAGCGAUAACGAGUGUUGGGCGGGGUUUGUCGGCCACCUGAAGAUCGCCACUAAUCGUCAUUAUGAUCAUCAAGCGAUGAAAUGAUUAUGAAAUAAUGCUGAUGAUGAUGCUAUUCACAACAAUGAUGAUACUGAUGAUGAUAUAUGAUGAUGAUUAUGAUUAUGCUGAUGGUGACGAUGAUGUGUAUAGUAAGCUAAAAAUUUAUUAUAUCGGUAUGGAAUCAGAUUUUUUCAACUGUUUGCGUAUUGAUGACCUAUUGACACUCUUAAGUAAAAAAGAUUAAAAAAUGCAAAAAUAAGAGGAACGGUAAAUAAAUUGAACAAAAAAAAAAAAAAAAAAAAUGGAAAAAAAGAAAACUUAAUCGAAUCGAACUGUGUUCUGUGUUUGUGAAAUCGGGAAAAAACACCGCUUCUUCGAUCGUUGUUUCAGCACGAUUGUGAUAGCGCGACGACGCGGAAAUUACGAUACGCGUGUGGUCGUGCGGGAGGUGGUUCCUCCUUCGACCCCUCGAGAAUCCCCGGGGCGAGGAUGUUCGUUGAUCCCUCGCGUCGAUCUACGUAUAUUCUCACUUCUCUCUCAAGCAACUCAGAGCGAGAGAGGGAGAGAGAGAGACGCGUGUGAAAUGCAUAGAAACAGAACAAAACACAGUGAAACGGAAACUGAUACCUGUCGAUGUAAAAUAUUAGUAUUAACAUAUACGUGGGAUUACGUGCACACACGCGUCCAUCCGUUAACAAGAAAAUGUGUCUGGACACGCGCGUACACGCGUCCCCGGCUUGCGUAGAGACGCGUGACGGCGUCUCUGGCAUAGAGGGAACAGAGUCGAUCAAUCGCGUGAAUUGGCCCGGAUCGAUUGUGUUCAAAACACUCACGGAUCGCAACGUGAUGACGAUGAAAGGAAGGACGAUGUCAAAGGUGGUCUAUGUUAGAGAGUGUCCAUUGUAUAGUGUUUUUUUGAAACGUGAGCAUUAAAUGCUACAUCUUGUGUA